AUUUCAACGAUCGGCCGAGAGACAAACUCCGGGCUACGAAACGUUAGAACGCGUCAGGCCGAAAGAGCGAAUAUACAGCAGGACGCUCAGUAUAGUAGACGGGUUUAGUGUCGCCAGUGUUGUGGUGCCUAGUGUCAGAGUGUGCGACUCGCUCUUUGUGUGCAUGAGGUCGCAGGAGACGAAUUUUUGGCCUGCCUAGGAGGGAUACAGAAUGCUGCCACUCCUGAUUGUGGCUCUAGCCACAAUUAUAUCGAGUGGUCACUCCAACCCCCAAUCGAACUAUGCCGACCAAGCCAACAAUGUGGAGUACGUGGGCGGUCUGCCCGAGCAAGCCACCCUAGACGGUAAAGUAACGAAGCUGGACGACCUCAGUCCUGUAAUCUUCCUCAACAGGACCAAGGCUGCCCUCAACUGCGCCUCUGGAUCCAUGCAGGUCGAGCUAAAGUUCAACGAGCCAUACUACGGCGUGGCUUACGCCCAUCCGGACAGGAAUUCACCCUGCCAGAUACACGGGAAGGGGAACUACAGCUACAAGAUGGAGUUGCCUCUGAAAGGAUGUGGUACGAAGCAGGGGCCACAAAGAGUUUUCACGAACAAUAUCAACGUCCGAUUCCACCCUUCUCUGGAAAUUGAUGGAGAUGAAAUAAUCACGAUAGUUUGUAGAUAUCCACCACCAGUAGCUCCUCUACCACCUGUACUGCCAGAAUUCAUAAAAAAUGACAAUGUACCCCAGCCUGUGAUAGCUCCACCGCUCAACAGUUUCCAGAUCAUGUUGAUAAUUUGUGGGAUACUCUUCCUGUCCCUACUUCUUCUGGGACUUGGAUGUACCAACUACUGCCUCAGGAGGAGGGUGAUACCUCUUUCAAGGCCGUUUUCGAGCAUUGGGACCAACUCUGAGAUCACCAAACUUUCGAGCGGCAGUCUCGGUAAUCUUUCAAUAUACGACCCUGUGAAGAUCCCAAGGGCUCACGCACCGGUACUAGCGAUAGCCAGCAGCUCGGGCAGUGAUGGACCACUGAUCAGCGACACGCUCCCAUCCGACUACCCAUCAGAAUCACACUCCGAGAUAGAGGAACUGGACGCCAGAUCACUUCCAGUAUCAUCGGCUGGCAGCUUCGAGAACAGAGCCUACGUACACGACAACAGCAGCGUCUACAGCGACAGCGCCCUACAAACCACCACAGCAUCCCUACCAAGAGCCGCGGCCUACAAGGAACAACCCAGAUUCGACGUUCAGAUGAAGAUCAACAGAGCCCCACCGUCCCCGGCCAGCCUGGCUAUCUCAGACACCGACAGCUCCGUUUCCCGCGCCGAGAGAAACCUAUCCACCAUCUUGGAGAGGGAGGAAUCCUCCAGACCGGAAUCCACCCAAUUCACCUACAUCCCCGAGCUUCACCACCCACCCAGACACAUCCAACCGGCUCCUACCUUCAACAAGAUACUAAAACGGCAACAGGAGCUCCAGGAAUUGGCCUCUUUGAACUCGGAAAUCACCGACACCCAUUCCAUCACCGAAAUGGUCGAUUCCUCCCAUCGUAUGAAAGGCCCCGCGCCUCCCAUGAUGCCCAGGGAGCAACACGUGGUCACCAUGGAUCGUACCGAGGUGUUCGAACCUCUACCACAACGCAAACCAGAGAUUACCUCGCAUACGGUCGACGACGUCUACCUCAGAACCAUCACGGAGAAGAAGACCAUCGAGGAUAUCGAACGACACAAGAGAUUGGUCACGGAGUACCAUACCAGACCAGCAGAGGCGCCGAAAUGGGACGUAACCAUCAGGAAUUAUCCUUUGGAGAUGCCGGAACCACCAGAAUGGGAGAACUUCUCGGAUAUAUCCUCAGCCUCCGGUUUAACCUUGACCAACUUACCCGAGAGAUACGUAGAAAUACCACCAAGAAGUACCAUAGACGACAACAAAUUACCGCUGAAUUCCCCUGAGUUGGUUGGAAGUCUCCAACAGCCCCACAGUCCACAGAGUUACCUCUCAACCUUCAACCUCCCAGUUGAAAACCCUCAAGUACCCAACUGGAACGUUUUACUGAGAGUCCUCCAACCCAACGAACAAGAGAUGACGACCACGGAAACCACCGAAAGUUUCAGCUCUCAACUGACCAUGGCUGACAAGAUAAAAUGGCGUCAGAUCAUCACAACCGAGUCCACCCUGCGAACGCUCUUAACCGAAGCAGUGGUUCGUGAAGAUUACGAGAGGAUCAGAAGAGACGCGAGGUACGAAACCCUGUUCGAACCUCCAAAAUGGGACGUGAUCAUAAAAAUACUGGCGCCUAACGACAAACAGAAGAAUAGGUUCAAGAAGAGGGGAGAAUGGGACAACAGGAGUAGAAGGGGCAGUUUACCAACACUGUACGAGUACGACUCAGAUGGAGAGAGCUCGGUCAGGACGCUGACCAGGGAACCGAUGGAGUACCCUCUGGUCAGAUCCAGGAGGACUUCCAGGUCCAGUUUUAAGAGCGAGGCGGAUCUCAGAUCGAUGUCAGAAAUGACUGUGGACUUCGGAAGGCCAGAUUUCGCAGACAGCCAAUCGGAAUCGUCACACUACUUCUCAGUGCACCGGUACGAUGAUGAUGAAACCGAUAGUUAUUAUAGGCCAGGUACUGGGCAUCCUUCCCUGGCUAGAUCAUUGAGUCAGCCCAGUCUGGCUAGAUCAGCUAGCGAGUUCACCGAACACUGGGGGGCUCCCUCUAGAUACGACACUGCCAGCGAAUAUACGUCUCCAGAGGUAACACCUAAAGCCGUAAGGAGUACCAAGAUGGUACAGGUGCAUCCCAUGGGUGCAGAGCAGAGCUCAAUGUGGCAGUCCAGCUCCAGCCAAAUGAGGACCCUACCAGGUGGCGGUACAGCCCAAAUCAUGACCAGUGAAAUGAGUCAGUCAUCUUCCAGGGUCAUGUCCAGACAACGACAGAACUGGCACCAAUAGAUCGGUGCUCUAUAGGCUCAAAAUCGGUGGACACCCAAAACUACGUUUAUGUUUAACCAGAAAGACUCAUGUUCCUACAUUUAUCGAACGAUAAAAACGAUUUUGACCUUGAAAAACGAAACUACGCUCCAUGAAGCGUAGGUACUUAAUUAGUUUAAUAUUAGUAACUAGAAUGCUGUGAUAACAAAAGUGCGAUUCAGUAACGGUCGAGGUUUUCUAAUACUCAAAGGGUUGUUACCCAAUUUUUCACUUAACCACGCUGUACGUGUGGAUAACUGCAAAUUUGGGUUCUCGUUUAACACUUAAUUUAAGUUUCAAUCUCUUUUAUAUCCGCUCGGCUUUUUGUCAGCUUCAACUUUUAUUUUGUAUUCAAUUUUCUCAACGCUUCUGGUGGAGGUGAAACAUUACUUUUUACGUUCUCUUAUUAUUUUUCAUUUCGUUCAUGUUAAACUCUGUGGUUUAUACUGGAAAACUGACUCAAAUUGUUGUGUAAGAUUUAUCGAAUAUUUUGUAAAAUUUAAUAAAAUUAUUCAUUGUAACAUUGCUUA